UUGAUUGUUGCAGGGCUCAAUGGCGGACAUAGCGGUGGAGUCUCGCAAGCUCCGAGGACAAUAACAUCUCAGCUCGUGAGCAUUUCUGGCGUGACCCGGUCCGCCGCUGCGUGUAACUUCAGUGUCAUUACGCGGUAUUGACACUCAUUCGCCAUUUGUCCGUGCGUGUUUACGCGUUCUCGACUUGGCAUCCCGAGCGAAGAAGUUACUCCGUUCACGGUGGCUCAGUAGAUGCAGCUAGCUAAACCAUGGGCGACUCUUUCGAAUUGAUCGGGAAACGUCUCCUCUUGCUCCUCGACGACGGAAGGACCGCCAAUGGAACCGAGCCGCAGCAGGCUGCUCUGGUGCGGGAAUGGCUCCGGGGGACGGUGCGAGCGGUUCGCGUUGUUGGCCUCCCCGUUCCGGAGAGCAGUGGAACGAAGACGACAACAAGCCAUCCUGCAGGGCUGACGGUCUUUGUGGAGUUUGAGAAUGCCUCGAAGAGAUGCUCCUGGGUGCAGGUGUUUGAUAGCAGUAUCAAAGCUGCCUUGGUUGAAGAUUCCAUUGUUUGGACUAAAUGGAAUGACACUUCUGGGAACUCUGGGGCUCCAGCAACAGCUGUGGCCUGGCCAGCGCUGCUCUUCCGCUCACUUGUGGACAAGACUGGUUUGGGGUCGAUUGUUGCUGUGGAGCAUUUUGGAAAUAAAAAGCUGGAGUUCUUGCCUGACAAGAAGUCAGUCCAAAAGUUUGAGACGGACAAGGACAUGAGACAUCCUUUGAUGUUGGAGCAAAGCGCUCUGCAUGCUGCUGUUUCCAGUUGGCGCAGUGACUUUGAACUCCAGGAAAUCUUCAGAAAAGGUUCCUAUACUAUUCAAGGAUGCAGGGUGUGUGUGUACCAGCCAGAGUCAGAUGAGUGCUGGGCUCCAGGCCUCAUCUCACAUCAUGACCCGGUCUCACAUAUUGUGGAGAUAACGAUGGACAAGAGUAAAGAAAAUCAGAUGCUGGAUCCGCGAGUGGUUCACAUCAAGCUGGCAGAAAAUGAGCCUGAUAUGAAUGGACAACGAAGUGAAACAAUAAAGUGCGAUGGCGGACGCAGACGUAGGACUGCUUCUGAAGGAGAAGACGAUGUGAACUUAAAACGUUUCAAAGGAGCAGGGAACUUGGGAACUGAUGGACAGGACUCCAGCGAGUCGAACAGAACUCCAACUGAAGGAAGCGAUGGAUGGAGUGGAGCUGUAGUCAGUAGCACGACUAAGAAUGGCAGCAACUCGGAGGGAAACUUUCUUCAGAGCAGAGUUCUGGCCUCCAACACCAGCUUGUCACCGCAGACAGACCAGUCAAACUCUUCUUCGCCUCGCUUCCCUUCCAAUGUAAAUGAGAAUGGUCGUACUGUCCCCACACAAGGGACAGCGGAUUCUACAACAGCAGCGUCACACACCCUGAACCCUCCGCCUCUCAAACCUGCACCAUCUCCCUUCUCCUCCACAUCGUUCCCUUCACUCGGACAGAUGCCUAGCCUAGUUCCAGGAACACCAUCUCCAAAGGCCCCUCAGACAGACAGACAGGAGGCGUUGCAAUCUCCCCUUUCCAAACCAGCUACGCUUGUUUCCCCUGGACCUGUUACCAUUUCCUGGACUUCACAUGACAGCAGUCCAAGUGUUGCAGUCUCCACGUCUGUGGGUUUUAAUCCAAAGGCUCCUUCGUGGGGAGGCCAGGCUGAGGCUUCAAAGUCAUCAUUGGGUUUUGGUUUGGCGUCUUCUGCCGCUGCUGCCCCAGUAUUCGGAAAUGUUUCCUCGAAAACCAACGGCACUCCUACCACCUCUUCAUCCUCCCAAGAGCCUUCAAAGCCAUUUGGGUUUGGAUUUGGUGAAGCAAAGAAUGAGACUCAAACUCAGAAUGAUAAGAACUUGUUUUUCCAGUGCAUGACUCAGAGUUCUGGGUCCAGCCCAGUCCGAGCCUUGUCCCAGAACCUUAGCAGUGAGCCUGCUAACCUUUUCAAGCAUUCCAAUGAAGGACUGAAAACACCGGAUCAGUACAAAAAGCCAGAGAGUCAUCCCACAGGAAAUGGAUUAUUCAUUAAACCCUCGUCAGUCUUCCAGGGUGUUGGUGGAUCUGCCCCCGGCACGCACUCAAGUGCGGUUGGUAUGGCGACGGCUUCUGGAGCUCAAAGUUCUCUGCAGAGCAGCAGUAAUGGAACAACUACAGCGGGUUUGGGACUGCAGCCUGGCGCAGCAAUGUCAGAUAGUCAUCAGAACCUUUUCCUGCAGGCCUCUAAGAAGCCUGCUAACCCAUUCCCGGGGCACGGGGACAGCAAAACAUCACACACGCCCUUCAGUGGGUUUUCUGUGGCCGAGUCGCCCAACCUUGCGCAGCCUUCAGACGGCAGUGCAAACCUCUUCACAAUGGCAGAGCCACCCAAAGGCAUUUGCUCAUCUUCUUUCCCAACAGUUUCAACAAUUGCUUCCACCAGCUCUUCCUCACCUUCAACAUCCUCUUCAUCAUUAAGGCCUCAGAGUGAGGGAUCUCAGAUGGGCGGUCAGGACAGCCAAGAGAUGCCCUCUUCCACUUCUGGAUCUAUGUUUGGAAGUGCUGCCCCUGGUGGACCGAAUGAAGUGCCUAUGUCAUUUGAUCAAAGUCAAACGCAGAAGUUUAUGUUGGAGGAGAGGGCGCAGUCGUCCAAACGUGACUCCGAGUCCAGCAGCAACAGUGAUCUGUCCGACCUGAGUGAGAACGAGGAGGGUCUGGAGAAAGGACAAAUUCCUGGUCAGCUUCAGCACACGGCAAAGGAUGCCCUCAUGUUGCAGAAGGCUAAAGUACAGGGGGCACCAAAAAGCCGUCCUCGUAACAAACCUUUCAAGGCGGGACAGUCAGUGCUCAAAGAUCAGAGUAAGGUGCGGCGUCUAAAGCAAUCAGGCGAAUCCUUCCUUCAAGAUGGCUCCUGCAUAAACGUGGCUCCCCACCUGCACAAGUGCAGAGAGUGUCGCCUCGAACGUUACCGUAAAUAUCGCAGCGCAGACGAAGACAGCGAUGAUGAAGAUGAUCCAAAUGUAGCUUGUCGUUUCUUCCACUUCAGAAGGCUUGCUUUUACGCGUAAAGGGAUAUUACGAGUUGAAGGUUUCUUGAGCCCCCAGCAGAGUGACGCUAUGGCCAUGGGCUUGUGGUUACCUGCACCUGCUGUCCAGGAAGGUUUGGAUUUGGAUACGUCCAAGUACAUCCUGGCUAAUGUGGGAGACCAGUUCUGCCAGUUGGUCAUGUCUGAAAAGGAAGCCAUGAUGAUGGUGGAACCUCACCAGAAAGUAGCGUGGAAACGAGCCGUCAGAGGGGUGCGAGAGAUGUGCGACGUUUGUGAAACCACUCUUUUCAACAUCCACUGGGUUUGCCGCAAGUGUGGUUUUGGCGUAUGUUUGGAUUGCUAUCGGCUUCGACGCAACAGGCCGAGAGAGGACAUUGAAGAAAUCCCUGAGGAUGAUGUCUUCUCUUGGUUGAAGUGUGCCAAAGGUCAACCUCAUGAGCCCCAGAAUCUAAUGCCUACACAGAUCAUUCCUGGAACAGCCCUUUACAACAUUGGUGAUAUGGUCCAUUCAGCAAGAGGCAAGUGGGGAAUCAAGGCCAACUGUCCAUGCACCAGUCGACACACAAAGCCUCUCAUGAGAUCCGGUGCCCCCAAUGGAAUAUCUCAGUCCAAUACAAACAGUAGUGGAAGCAGUGCUUCUACUCCUUCAGCAUCUUCUUUAGCCACUGCACCAGCUGGCGUGGCAGCAGCCCCAAAGACUGACGGAGAACCAUCAGCUGUUAAAACAGAAGGUGCUACUGUACCAGUAUCGUCAGAUAGCGGGGGCGGAGAAAGUGUGGGCAGCACUAGUAACUCUACUAGUGGGACGUCUUCGCCCUCCAGCAUCACACAGCCUUCAGCUAAGGAGUCUCGCCCGUCAGGAGAAGGCAACAGCUCUGCCCUUCACUGGCUGGCAGACUUGGCUACACAGAAAGCAAAGGAUGACACAAAGGAGACUGGUUCACUUCGCUCUAUGAUGAGCAAAGACUGUCGGCCGCCUUUCGGCCUGGACUCACUCAGUGCAUUGUCAAAGCCCUCAGCAUCCAGCCCUAAACUAUUUAACAGCCUUCUACUGGGCUCCAGCAUGGCCCAGUCUAAACCAGAGGGGUCCAGUCUCAGAGAUUUGCUAAACUCUGGACCAGGCAAACUUUCACAGGGACCUGGAGAGAGCGGAGUCCCAUUCCCCUCUGUCUUCAUUUCAUCAGGAAGUGACAAGAUGAAGAGCAGCCUUCCAAACUUCCUGGAUCACAUCAUCGCCUCGGUUGUUGAGACCAAGAAGGCUGAGGGUCGCCGGACUGGACAGUCUGAGGGGGGUGAGAUUGGCAUAUUGGGAGGUCGUAAAGAAGGAGUCAUGGGCCUCAGUGUUCUGGAACCACAUACCUCGCACUCCUGGCUCUGUGAUGGGCGACUGCUAUGCCUUCAGGACCCCAGGAACAGCAACAACUGGAAGAUUUUUAGAGAGUGCUGGAAACAAGGACAACCUGUGCUGGUGUCAGGAAUACAUAAGCGGCUUAAGUCCAAUCUGUGGCUCCCAGAGGCCUUCAGUGAGGAGUUCGGGAACCAAGAUGUAGACCUGGUCAACUGCAGAAAUUGUGCUAUUAUUUCUGAUGUGAAGGUUCGCGACUUCUGGGACGGUUUCCAGGUCAUCUCCAAGCGGCUGCGAGACCCUGAGGGCCAACCCAUGGUACUGAAGCUGAAGGACUGGCCACCAGGAGAAGACUUCAGGGACAUGAUGCCUACAAGGUUUGAUGAUUUGAUGGACAACCUACCUUUGCCCGAGUACACAAAAAGAGAUGGGCGUCUGAAUCUUGCUGCCCGUUUGCCCAACUUUUUUGUGCGUCCUGAUCUCGGACCAAAGAUGUACAACGCCUAUGGCUUGACGUCGACUGAAGACAGGAAGGUGGGCACCACAAACCUCCACCUGGACGUGUCUGACGCUGUCAACGUCAUGGUUUAUGUUGGAAUACCUCAAGGAGAGGGGGAUCAGGAGAAAGAGAAAGAAAUAUCUGGACAUAAAGAGGUCAUGAUCACUAUUGAGGAGGGGGACGUGGAUGAGGUGACCAAGAGGAGAGUGUACGUGGGUAAGGAAAACCCCGGUGCUCUCUGGCACAUUUAUGCUGCCAAGGAUGCAGAGAAGAUCAGAGAGCUGCUUCGAAAGGUGGGAGAGGAGCAGGGUCAAGAGAACCCUCCAGACCACGACCCCAUUCAUGACCAGAGCUGGUAUUUGGACCAGACUCUCCGCCGCAGGCUUUAUGAAGAAUAUGGCGUCCAAGGUUGGGCCAUCGUGCAAUUCCUUGGAGACGCCGUCUUCAUUCCGGCGGGUGCUCCACACCAGGUGCACAACCUGUACAGUUGUAUCAAGGUCGCAGAGGACUUUGUGUCUCCUGAGCAUGUGAGACACUGUUUCAGACUGACCCAGGAGUUCAGACAUCUAUCCACCACCCACACCAACCAUGAAGACAAGCUACAGGUGAAGAACAUCAUCUAUCAUGCAGUGAAGGACGCUGUUGGCACACUGAAGGCCCAUGAACCUAAACUAGCUCGUCCUUAGUUCCUGCUCUGGAUGCUGUCGAGACCCCUCCUCUACACACAGUGCAUCGGCUUCAUGCACACGUGGGCUCCUGAGAAAAAAGGUGGAUAGUUUUUUAGAGCAGUAAAGUCUCAUCGGGGGUGGGGGGAGCAGCGGGAAGUAAAAUAGGGGUGCUCAGCGCUUCGAUAAGGGACAUCCUUUAUCACUGUUAACAAGUUCCCUUAAACUUGUCUAGUUGUUUUGGAAUUUUUUUAACAACUGUAUUUAAGGUCCGUGUGAUUGUUUUGUUGUUUUCAUUGUAUAUGUAAAAUGUGUGGGAGGAAUCAGCUGACGUGCCUUCGGAGCAAAUGUUCAGCUACCAUAUAAGCGACGUAUCACGAGUUCUGGACUCACUUUCCUUAUUGUACUUCACUAGGAACGAGGUUCAAUCGUUUUUGUAGAUUUUGGUUAUCACAGAUUUGAGACGGCUCCUUCCUCGGGCGUCGCUGGAAGGAAAGCAGACCAAAGUUUUUUACCUUCAGUUUUCUCAUGCAUUCAGAAGUCUUUUUUUUUUGUACACCAGAAGAAAGAGGGCAGACUCGAGGUGGAAUUCUUUUUUGGUUUUCACAGUCACCUGUUGCUUAAAAAAAGGAGAUGCAGCUGAACAGAACUACUGGCCAUUAAUGUCGCAUCAAUAUAUAUAUUGAUCUAAGCAGUCUGUAUGAUUUUUCACAAUAAAGUUUACAAAAACAAACGUCAUGGGCUUGU